ACUGUGAGGGGCGCUGCGUCGCACGCUACUGCGUACGCCCGCCUGCCACGGGAGCUUGCGACCUGAACCUGGUCAAGGCGGCCCAACGUUCCCGCCCAGCUAGGGACAGAGGAAGCCAAAAGCAGCCUCAGCGAGGUGAAGCGCCCGGGGCUGCUGAGGACAGAUCAGAACUUUGCAGAGUCCGGGAUGUGCGGGGCGAGGUCGCUGAGGAUUUGACUCACCUUCUCCAUGCCCCUUCUCCUCUACUCCUCAUCCACUGGGCUCCGGGCCUCCAGCUGUCAACCCCCGAUUUCGUGACAGGGUGUGGCAACCCCGAUUUCUGUUUGCAAGCACAGCCAGCAGCCCAAGAGCAAGGUCCCAAGGCUGGAUAUCUUUUGCCUCGGCUGCUUAGCCGGGGCCUCAGAGUCUUGCGCAGGGGACUCAGCGUAGGCCCGGGCGAAGCGUGCUGCGCCAUGGCGGUCCGGCAGCCGGUUCCCGCAGUGGACUGGGAGAUCGACGUGGAGAGCCUGGGGCUGGAGGAGGACGGCCGCGAGGCGCCGCCGCCCACGCCGCCCGGGCCCAGCCCGCCGCCGGCCGACAGGGACGGCGAGGAUGACGACGACGCGGAGGACGAGGACGACGACGACGCGGAGGACGAGGGCGAUGGCGAGGAGGCGGGCGCGUCCCCGGGCGUGCCGGGCCGGCCGGAGCAGCAGGAUACCCUGGCGCCGAGGGCGCCUCCGGCGCCGCAGGCCUCGUCGGCGCCGGCCGGGCCCCCAGAGCGCGGCGCGAACGCGGGCGGCGGCGGCGGCGGCGCGGAGCCGCGCAAGCUCAGUCGCACGCCCAAGUGCGCGCGCUGCCGCAACCACGGUGUGGUGUCCUGCCUCAAGGGCCACAAGCGCUUCUGCCGCUGGCGUGACUGCCAGUGCGCCAACUGUCUGCUGGUGGUAGAGCGGCAGCGCGUCAUGGCCGCCCAGGUGGCGCUCCGGAGGCAGCAGGCCACCGAGGACAAGAAGGGGCUUUCCGGGAAACAGAAUAAUUUCGAGCGCAAAGCCAUGUAUCAGAGGCAAGUCAGGGCACCCAGUUUGCUGGCCAAAAGCAUUUUAGAAGUUCUCCUUGGAUUAUUCUACAACUGUAACAAUGUGUACAUAAUGAUCCAACUUUAGAAAAUAAAAGUGACAUCAGCUCUAGGCUACCGCCCCAUUCCAUCAGAGACUUAUGUGGGAGGGAGUUUACCUCUACCUCCCCCAGUAAGUGACCGGAUGAGGAAAAGGCGGGCCUUUGCUGAUAAAGAGUUGGAGAACAUUAUGCUGGAGAGAGAAUAUAAAGAGAGGGAGAUGUUGGAAGCUUCCCAAGCUGCUGCCUUAUUCCUGCCCAAUCGCAUGGUACAUGGUUCUGAGUACAACUCCUACAAAAGUGGCUACAGUCCCACGCCAGUGGAACCACCAAGCAAAGACUUCUGCAACUUUUUGCCCACGUGCCUUGACCUCACCAUGCAGUAUUCAGGGUCUGGGAAUAUGGAACUAAUUUCUUCCAAUGUCAGUGUGGCCACGACCUACAGGCAGUAUCCCCUGUCCUCGAGAUUUUUAGUUUGGCCCAAGUGUGGCCCCAUUAGUGACACCCUCCUCUACCAGCAAUGCCUGCUGAAUGCUACCACGUCAGUUCAGGCCCUGAAGCCUGGGGCCAGCUGGGACCUGAAGGGAGUACGACUGCACGAUGGACUCGGAACAGAUCAUGAUAUAAUGCCACCGAAAUUGGAAGGCUCUCUGGUGCCGCCUCACACUCCUGAGGGCCAGAUCUCAAGAAGUGACCUUCAGGGUCACCAGGCCGUCCCCGAGAGGUCUGCGUUCUCUCCACCCCGACGGAAUUUUUUGCCCGUUGUUGACACGGACUCCCUGGCAGCUCAAGGGCACGUCUUAACCAAGAUCAGCAAAGAAAGCACCAGGCACCCUCUGCCACUUAAACAUAAUCCAUUCCACUCAUUAUUCCAGCAAACUCUUAAUGACAAAUCAGGUCCCGAGUUGAAAACAUCAUCUGUCAAAGAGGCCUUUGAAGAGGCCCCUAAGAAACCCAGAGAGUGUUUAGUCAAGGAGAACCAGAAGUACACAUUUACAAUAGAUAGAUGUGCAAAAGACCUUUUCGUAGCCAAACAAGUUGGAACAAGACUCUCAGUGAAUGAACCGCUGUCAUUUUCUGUUGAGUCUAUUCUUAAGAGGCCUUCGUCUGCCAUCACUCAUGUCUCUCAGUGAAAGGCUGCUUAAAUGGGAAGCUGGAUUUUCUGCAGUCUCAGAGGAUUCUUACCAGUCACUAAUUUUUUUUCAAAGAAAAAAGUUGAGAUGCUUGUAUAAAGAAAUUUCUAAUGUAAAUGAUGAUGAUUUUAAAAAAUUCUAUAUAUUCUUAAUGCAUGUACUUUCCCUUACCACAUAAAUAUAUUUAAACUUAAAGAUGGAUAUUGCUGAUGUGCAAAUUGUGAAGUUUCAGGCUUUACAUAGCAUUUCAAAAAGCAAUAAAAUUGACACUGUCUUCUAAAAGACCCA